CUUAGAUAUCUUUGCUCUUGAAACGUGUCAAGUAAAACGUUUUAUUUUAAACGUUUUUACAUUAAAAAGAUCUUUCGAAUAGCAAAAGCGGUUAAAACAUGAAAAUCCCGUCAGUAGUGAGCGUGAAAUGGUUAGCAGAAGCUAUUUUAAAGACAAAACCCUCAAAAUCCUUGCGAAUUUUGGAUGGCACAUGGCGCCUAAAAGAUCAUGGUUCCGUCCAGGCAAGGGAGGAUUUUUUGGACGAGCACAUCCCUGGAGCAGUCUUCUUCGAUAUCGAUGAAUGCUGUGACAAAACUAACCCCUAUCCACACAUGAUACCGAACGAAAAGCUAUUUGCUGAAUAUGUAGAACAUUUAGGUAUAACAAAUGACAGUCACAUCAUUGCCUAUGAUAACGAUGACGAUUAUGGUGUAUUUUCAAGUCCAAGGGUUUGGUGGACAUUCAGAUGUUUUGGUCACAAAGCAAUCUCCAUUCUAAAUGGUGGUUUCCACAAAUGGUUGGCUGCCGGAUUGCCUGUGGAGUCUGGUGAAGCAAAGCCCAUCAAAUCUGACCAACCAUUCACUGCCAAACUGAAUCCAGACCUUGUCCGGGAUUACGAGGCCAUGGUUGCCAAUGUGAAUUCAGGGGGAGCACAGACUGUCCUGGAUGCUCGCGGAAGAGCAAGGUUCUUAGGAGAGGGCAUUGAGCCACGCCCAGGUAUGCUUGUCGGACACAUUCCUUUUUCCCAAAAUGUCCCCUAUCUGGAAUUGCUCGAUGAUGAGAGAGCAUUGAUGAAGGAUGAUGAGCAGUUGAAGGAAGUGUUUGCUAAACACAAUGUUGAUCUAAAUCGGCCGAUCACAACCACUUGUGGUUCAGGGAUCACUGCCUGCAUGGUGGCAUUGGCUGCACAUCAGAGUGGGGCCAAAGAUGUGAGUGUGUACGAUGGCUCAUGGGCAGAGUGGGGGAAAAGGGCCACCCCCGACUUGGUGGAGAGGAAUUGAAGUUGUUUAGGAUAAAUUAAUAUGCUAUAUAUUAAUAAAAAAUAUAAAUUAAUAUGAUAACUAAAAAUAUAAAGGGUCAACAGAUAAAGAUAGAUAUCUGGAUGUCAAGUUAGGCUUCUGGUCUGCAUAAACAAGCUAGACAGGUUGAAAAAUGUGUAUCUGGACAAAUUGAUAUGCCACAAGGUCUACAAAUUCCAAAUAUUUUAUGAAGCUGUGAUUUUAUUAGCUUUUAAAUUUGGUGGAGAAAACAUUUUUGAACUGGAAGAAUAUCUCAGGAAAGG